AUGAAGAGGAAACAGAAGAGGUUUCUGCAGAUGACUUUGUUAUUCACUGUGGCUUUAAUUUUCCUGCCCAAUAUUGGUCUUUGGUCUUUAUACAAGGAUAAACACCUGGUGAAAUCUGCAGAACCUGUGGACCAUCAGACGUUUCCACUGGGCCUGGGAGAUGGGCAAUUCUAUUCGUGGACAGAUGGGCUGAGAAGGAAAGACUGGCAUGACUACGAAAGCAUGCAGAAAGAGGCUCUGCGCUCAGGGAAAGGUGAGCAUGGAAAACCAUACCCCCUUACUGAAGAAUACCAGGAUGACUCAGCUUACAGGGAAAAUGGCUUCAAUAUUUUUGUCAGCAACAAAAUUGCUUUAGAGAGGUCUCUGCCAGAUAUCCGUCAUGCUAACUGUAAGCACAAGAUGUACCUUGAAAGGCUGCCAAACACCAGCAUCAUUAUCCCAUUCCACAAUGAAGGCUGGACCUCUCUCCUGCGGACCAUACACAGUAUAAUUAACCGAACCCCGGAGAGUCUGAUAGAGGAAAUCAUUCUAGUCGACGACUUCAGUGAUCGAGAACACUUGAAGGAGAAGUUAGAAGAUUACAUGGCUCGGUUUUCCAAAGUGAGAAUUGUUCGCACCAAGAAAAGGGAAGGACUCAUCCGGACCCGACUCCUGGGAGCUUCUGUGGCCAGAGGCGAGGUGCUGACCUUCCUGGACUCCCACUGUGAGGUCAAUGUGAACUGGCUGCCCCCGCUCCUCAACCAAAUUGCACUAAACCACAAAACCAUCGUGUGUCCCAUGAUCGAUGUCAUCGACCACAAUCACUUUGGGUAUGAGGCACAAGCUGGGGACGCCAUGCGAGGAGCCUUCGAUUGGGAGAUGUACUACAAAAGAAUCCCCAUCCCUCCAGAGCUCCAGAGGGCUGAUCCCAGCGACCCUUUUGAGUCUCCUGUUAUGGCUGGAGGUCUCUUCGCAGUGGAUCGAAAGUGGUUUUGGGAACUAGGUGGCUACGACCCAGGCUUAGAGAUCUGGGGAGGCGAGCAGUAUGAAAUCUCUUUUAAGGUUUGGAUGUGUGGAGGAGAAAUGUUUGACGUUCCAUGCUCUAGAGUCGGCCAUAUCUACAGGAAGUAUGUCCCUUACAAAGUUCCUUCUGGGACCAGCCUGGCACGAAACCUGAAGCGUGUGGCUGAGACCUGGAUGGAUGAAUUCGCCGAGUAUAUUUACCAGCGGCGGCCAGAGUACAGGCACCUCUCCACCGGGGACAUCUCCGCGCAGAAGGAGUUGCGCAAGAGACUCAAGUGCAAAGACUUCAAAUGGUUCAUGGCUGCCGUGGCCUGGGACGUGCCUAAGUACUACCCUCCGGUAGAGCCCCUGCCUGCGGCGUGGGGGGAGAUUCGGAACCUGGCAGCAAACUUAUGUGUGGACAGCAAGCAUGGAGCCACGGGGACGGAGCUGAGGCUGGACGUCUGUGUCAAAGAUGGCUCAGAAAGGACGUGGUCUCAUGAGCAGCUCUUUACUUUCGGGUGGAGAGAAGAUAUCCGACCCGGCGAGCCUCUGCACACCCGAAAAUUCUGCUUCGAUGCGAUCUCACACAGCAGCCCGGUCACGCUCUAUGACUGUCACGGCAUGAAAGGGAACCAGCUCUGGGGAUACCGGAAGGACAGAACACUAUUUCAUCCUGUAAGCAACAGCUGCAUGGACUGCAACCCUGCAGAGAAGAAGAUUUUCAUGGCCAGAUGUGACCCUCUCUCUGAGACUCAGCAAUGGAUUUUUGAACAUAUCAACAUGACUAUUUUAGAAAAAAAUAGCUACCCUGCCAGCUCCUAGAAAGGAAAGAAGAGCGAUCACCUACAGAUUGGGAACUGUGUUGUCGCGGGCGCGUGGGUCAAAGGAGUCAGGAAUAACGUUUCCUAGAUCCAGGAAGCCUGCUGGAAAGAUGUGUAAACGCCACGUCAACGUAGGCUGUUCGGGAGGAGUUCCUACAUCUGAAGAACUUGACUGAGAACCCCACCAGCUGCUGCUGAGAACUGGAGACUAGCCGUUCCCUUGCUGGCCAAGGGUAAAGAUUAUUUAGGGACUGUUCGCCAAGACUGCUGAGUUAAUCGAUCCUAGCAUUUCUCAGGUCAAAUCCUGCAGUAGUGAGUAGCUAUGAAUGGAUCCUAUUAAUCGGGUGGGAGGGGGGCGGAAACAGAGCGCAUGACUGCUCUGGCAACCUGAGGCUACCGCAGGCCUAGAACUAGCCACGCUUGAGGGGUGAGCUCUUUGGUGCCAUUCUCUGACGAGGAAUGGGUUAAGCAGGUUUAACCCUCUAAAGUGCUGCAGAUGAUUUUAGAGUGCUCAUCCCAUUCUCUUUCCUUUUGUCUUCUCUUCGCACAAGGGUACACGGCAUCUGAGACGCACAUCCCAUGUUCUCGUUCACACCCGCCAUUCUCCUUUCAGGGCCUUUACUCUCUGUCGUGGUUCAGAGGAGUCCAUGUUCCACCAAUCAGAUGACGUUCUAAUUCAGCAUCCUUGGAUGAAUCCAGCUAAAGACAAAAACAAACAAACAAACAAACAAAAACACUCUGCUUCCCAGUUACUCCAAAGAAAGAUUCACAGAAGCAGCAAAACAACACACACACACACACACACACACACACACGCACACGCACACAUGCGCGCGCGCACACACACACACACACACACAAGUUAGGGAAGAAAUUUCUCUAGGAAAUCUAUUUUUACUUUUCUAUUAUUUUUAAAUUUUAAAAAGUCUGACGUCUGUCCAGUUAUAACUUUGAUUAAAGAAGGCAUUGCGCUGGGGUCCAUGUAAUUUGUUUAGUUGGUCUUAAAUAAAUCUUCACUCCAAGUGAUGUGGAAAUGGCUUCAUUCACUUCAGUUUUGUUGAA